AUGAGCAAGAUGAAGCUUGAUUUCACUCCUCUGCACAUAAACCUUCCCUCAAAUCUAAGACUGUGCUUCGGAAAAGCAGCCCCGCCGCACUCGGUGUCAGCUCCUCCUCCUCUGCCACCGCUGGUUCUAAUUCCUGGGAGGGUUCGUGUAGCUGUUAGGUUAAGGCCAAGCAGUGGCGAGGAAAUGAUCGCUGAUGCUGAUUUUGCUGAUUGUGUUGAAUUACAGCCUGAGGUAAAGAGGUUGAAACUAAGGAAAAACAAUUGGGACACUGAUACUUUUGAGUUCGAUGAAGUACUCACUGAGUAUGCUUCUCAGAAGCGAGUUUACGAAGUUGUGGCAAAACCUGUUGUCGAGGCUCACGCAGGGGCUGCUACUCCGGUGAAGCUAACAUGGUUCUCGGGUGACAAUGGCUUCCUCUCCGGUGAAGAACAUGGGCUGGUGGCGUCAAUGGUGGUAGCUCACGUCUUCUCCAAUGGCAAAAAGCACGAGCUCAUGAACAAUGAUUAA